CUCUAUUUCCUCUGAUCACCGCCGUUCUGUCGCUAGGUUUUCUUGGUUUUUUGACUCUUUGGAUCAUUGGGUUCUUCUCCGAACUCAUCUCUCUGGGUUUCACAAGCUCACUCUCUGCUCUCAACCUCUCACCAACAGAAUUUUUCUUUCACUGCCAUGUCUUCGUCUUCACAGAACACGACUACUAGGAAGAGGAAGUCUCGGAGUAAAGCUGAGGGAUCUAUGUCUGUGGUUGAGACUCUUGCCAAGUGGAAAGAGAAUCAGACCCAGCUGGACUCUAAACCAAUUCUGAAAAUGCAAGGCAUUGGGUCAAAGAAAGGAUGCAUGAAAGGAAAAGGAGGGCCUGAGAACUCAAAAUGCAUGUACAGAGGAGUAAGGCAAAGGACUUGGGGCAAAUGGGUUGUAGAAAUCCGAGAGCCAAACGGAGGGAAGAGGCGUUGGCUCGGUACUUUUACAAACUCUGUGGAAGCUGCUCUUGCUUACGAUGAAGCUGCGAGUACUAUGUACGGCUCUCGUGCUCGCCUCAACUUUCCAGAUUCUUGUUCAGCUACUACAACUUCAUCAAGCAUUUCUCCGGUAGAAACUCUAGCAGAGUUGGAUUCAACAACGACGUCAAACUACUCUGACGUCUUUUCAGUCGAGGAUAUCACAUCUGUUUCCUCCAACUUGAUGAAUGAGGAUGGGGAAAUCAUUGCAUUUGCUUACAAUGAAGUUGCAAGGCCUACACUUGCAGCUAAGGACAUCACACAAGUUUCUCCCAAUGUGAUGAAUAUGGAUGGGGAAAGUGAAUUGAGAGCUGAUUCUACAACUACAUCAAACCAAUGUGAGAUCUUUGCAGCUGAGGACAUCACCCAUGUUCCUCCUAAUGCUCAACAUGAGCAACAAACAGGUCAUUUCAUGGUCCACAUGGAUGAAUUGCUGAACUUGGAUGAAUUUCCAGAGCUUUUCGAUGAUAAUUCCCUUAGCGACAUGGAAUCACAAUUACAAUUUGAUGCUGAUCAGUUGGGGUUUCUAGAUAUCGACCAAUGGGGAAAGCCACAAAAUAUUACGCACAGCUGCAAAAUCUAAUGAGGAACAGUUGGGGAUGGGUGGAUACUUUUGACUUGGGAUUAUCAUAUUUUGGAUUUGAGGGUAUACAAAUUUUGUUUAAAUUUGCGGAUGUAUAUUCUUUAUUGUUGA